CUUCUCUUCUGGAUAUCCUGUUAUCUGGUGCUGGUCACUACCCUGGGGCUGCUUAUGGCAGAUUCUGUGCAGAUGUAUUACAGACAAUUGAGCCAAGGUAAACCAGAGUCUUGCUAGAAGUCACGUGAGGCUGAGACGUGUUCUGGUUCAAGGAUGGACCAAGACAGAAGACACAUGACUGAGAGAAUAGUAAAUCUCACCCUGAAAAUCCUCUACCUGCUGACUGGGGAGGAUUGCACAGUAGUGUGGAAGACGUCUGGUGAUAGUGAGACCCCCAGUGACUGUCACAGUGUGUCAAGAAGAUGGAGCAGGACCCAGAGCCCCAUCACGGUGCCACCACCUCACUCACUGAUACAUGAGAGAAACAACGACCAGAAGAUCCUGGAAAUCACCAACAAAAUCAUUCAGCUGCUGACUGGAGAGGUUCCUGUAAGGUGUCAGGAUGUCACUGUCUAUCUCUCCAUGGAGGAGUGGGAGUAUAUAGAGAGAAACAGGGGUCUGUACAAGGAUGUUAUGAUUGAGAAUCACUGGCCCCUCACCUCACUGGAAGGAUCCUGUACCACAGCUACCACAGCAAGAUGUUCCCACCCUCUCUAUUCACAGGAUUGUAUGGAGGAAAAUCACAAGAUUCUACAGAAGGGUCAGGGUGAAGAUUUGACUGAUAUUAAGGCAGAUGAUAUAACGGGAGAAGUAGAUCUGUAUGUGAGGGGUGACCAGCAGUGUAAGGAAGAAAUCCCUACAGAUAUCAGCACAGAUGGUCCCAGUAACAGAGAUACCACAAAAAGAUGUCCCUAUCCUCUUUAUUCACAGGACUGUACAGAGUAUAGUCACAGGACCCCACAGGAGGAUCAGGGUAAAGGUCUGACGGAUAUUGAGGUAGAAGUUAAAGAGGAAGAUGAGGUGUAUGUUACUGAAGUUAAAGUAGAAGAUGUAGGUGGAGAAGAAGAUACGUGUGUGGGGCGUGACCAGCAGUGUAAGGAGGAGGAAACCCCUACAGAUAUUGGAAUAGAUGGAUGCACAAGCAAGAAUACAUCUGAUGGAUAUCUAAUUUUUAACAUACAGGAUAACAUCACACAAGAGCCUUCCGGAGAAACCCCCAUUACCCUAAAUUUAUAUCCAGUGUGCCACAGUGUGGAUAUCUCCUCUAGACCCUCGCAGCGCCAGCAAUAUUAUCCUGAUCAUUUCGAUAUUGCUACACGUAGAGCAGCUCGCAUAGGUGGUAAAAUCUUCCCUUGUUCUGUGUGUGGGAAAUAUUUCACAAAGAGAUCACUUUCUAGACAUCACAGAACUCACACAGGUGAGAGACCAUUUCCAUGUUCCGAAUGUGGGAAAUGUUUUACACAGAAAUCACAUCUUAUCAUACAUGAGAGAACUCACACAGGAGAGAAGCCAUAUCCGUGUUCCGAAUGUGGGAAAUGUUUUAGACACAAAUCGGUUCUUUUUAAACAUCAGAGAACUCACACAGGUGAGAAGCCAUUUCUGUGUUCGGAGUGUGGGAAAUCGUUUACACAGAAAUCAACUCUUGUUAAACAUCAGAGACAUCACACAGGUGAAAAAACACUUCCAUGUUCUGAGUGUAGGAAACGGUUUCCAGAAAUCACAAGUCUAGUUAAACAUCAGAAAAUUUGCACAGGUGUGAAACCAUAUCCAUGUACUGAGUGUGGGAAAUGUUUUAUACAAAAAUCACAUCUUGUUAGACAUCAGAGAUGUCACACAAGUGAGAAACCAUUUCCGUGUUCGGAGUGUGGGAAAUCUUUCACAUGUAAAUAUCAUCUUGAUAGACAUCAGAAAAGUCACAACAGGGGAGAAGCCGUUUCAGUGUUCUGAGUGUAGGAAAUGGUUUACAGAGAAAGCUGAUCUUGCUAAAUGUGAGCAACAUCACACAGGCACUCAGUGAAUAAUUUGUUUACAAAAAUAAAAAAUAAAGUCUUAUUACACAUCAUAAGAUACAGGGAGCUCAAAAAGUCCCCCCGCAGUGACUGUGUGCUGAGCAAGUCUUCCCACAGAGUAUGUGUGCUAAUGAGUAUGACACCAUCAUUUAUUUUUAAACACUUUUUCUCACGUCCUAGAGGAUGCUGAGGAUGCUUCAA